GUGAUUUGUUCGAUGGAUUGAUAGAUAAUGCCUGAUAUUCGAUUUCCCGCGAAUGAGCGGCAAAUCCUCGCGCUCGAGACGCUGGGACAAGUGUACACACAGUUGCUAUAAAAUCCGUUUGACUUUGCUGUUUGGAGCCGAAGCGCAGCAUCAUGGGAAUACACGGACUUGCUAAGUUGAUUGCAGACCAGGCCCCCGGAGCCAUUAAAGAGCAGGACAUUAAGAACUAUUUUGGCAGGAAGAUUGCCAUAGAUGCCUCCAUGUGUAUCUACCAGUUCCUGAUCGCUGUGCGACAGGACGGGAAUGUUCUGCAGAAUGAGGAUGGAGAAACAACAAGUCACCUGAUGGGGAUGUUCUACCGGACUAUUCGUAUGCUGGAACACGGCAUUAAGCCUGUGUAUGUGUUUGAUGGGAAGCCCCCACAGCUCAAGUCAGCAGAGCUGGAAAAGAGAGGAGAGAGAAGGGCCGAGGCUGAGAAACUGCUUGCUCAAGCACAAGAAAUGGGAGAACAAGAGAACAUUGACAAGUUCACCAAACGUUUGGUAAAAGUCACAAAGCAGCACAACGAUGAAUGCAAGAAGCUGCUGACCCUGAUGGGAGUGCCUUACAUUGAGGCUCCAUGUGAGGCAGAGGCCAGCUGUGCAGCUCUGGUUAAAGCAGGGAAGGUUUUUGCCACCGCCACGGAGGAUAUGGAUGGACUGACCUUUGGGACCAACGUACUCCUCAGACACCUUACCGCCAGUGAAGCAAAGAAACUUCCUAUCCAAGAGUUUCACUUCAGUCGUAUCCUGCAGGACAUCGGCCUGACCAAUGAACAGUUUAUUGACCUCUGCAUCCUGCUGGGCUGUGACUACUGCGCCACCAUCAAGGGAAUUGGCCCAAAGAGAGCCAUCGACCUGAUCAAACAGCAUGGCAGCAUCGAGGAGAUCCUAGAAAACAUUGACCCUAAUAAGCAUCCCGCCCCCGAGGACUGGCUGUUCAAAGAGGCCAGGGGCCUGUUUUUGAAGCCAGAAGUGGUCGACUGUUCCACCGUGGAGUUAAAGUGGAUUGACCCAGAUGAGGAGGGACUAAUUCAGUUCAUGUGUAAUGAGAAACAGUUCAGUGAAGACAGGAUUCGUAAUGGCUGUAAGAAGAUUGUAAAGAGCCGUCAGGGCAGCACACAAGGACGACUGGACUCUUUCUUCACUGUCACAGGAUCGCUGUCCUCCAAGCGAAAGGAACCUGAAAUUAAAGGAUCAGCAAAGAAGAAGCAGAAGACUGGUGCCACGCCAGGCAAAUUUAAGAAGGGGAAAUAAUUAGAUUUUUCAAAGGGCUACCGCUGUUUCCCUGGUCUCUAAAAAACCUCCUACUAGAAGAGAAGUAAAAACUAGAACAUAGAGCUCCUGCUGUGGGAGGAAGCUGCUCCACAGUUACACAAUGUUAAAAAUGUGUUCAAACAAUUACUCAAGCUUAAAAACUCUAUUUACAAGACUGCAGAUGAUGUUUCAAAAAGCAAGGACUGUUUUAAUGAGUGGUUUAACUGAUGGGUUAUUUCUAUAAUUAAAUAAAAAUGGAGAUUUUUUUUGUAAAA